GCCAACCCUGAGCUGCUUACAUAACGAACUUCAAUUACCUUGUCAGUGGUAGUCAUUAAAUCCCACUAAUUGUCACUCUCAGAUUCAUCAUGUCUGCGCACACUGCACGUAGCCCGCUAUCUGCUAUAUUCCUGCUGCAUAUCGCGUUGGAGGCACCGCUGGCCCUCCAGGCGUUCUGGUCCCCACAGAGUCUCCCCUUUCUGCAGAUGAACAACACCACGCUAGUCAUGUUGAAGCUGUAUGCCGCGUUGGUCACUGGAUCCUGCAUUACCGCUUUCCUGGCAUAUCCUUUACCAGAAUUUCUUCCCGGAAAGCGUGCACUCGCAAUUGGAUUCUGCGUUUACCACAGCGUAGUGUCAACGAUUUUGUUUCAGACUCCAAGGUUCAUUCCUCACACCCUAGGUCCCUUCUUUGAGUCCGUGAAUCUUACACCUGAGGUCGUGUGGGGUACAUUUCACGGUGUGCUGGGACUUGGGAUGGUGGUGUGGUGGCAAGCAACGCUACAGUAUGCAGCAGUAGCGAGAGGAGCGCAGUAAGCUCUGACAUGGAAUGGAUAACUGACUUCAUUCGUGUAUACUUGUCUGUCUAGUACCUAUAGUGUAGUGUCGGAUUGAGUCAAGUGGAUAUGACUACAUGGGCGCGAUACAGAAGUGUAUCCCGUUUAGCUCAGUUGGUAGAGCGCGUCACUAGUAAUGACGAG